AAUGAAACCACUUUGAAGGGCUAGCCCGUUGAUUUGUUGUUGACAGCGAGAGUGCUCAGCGCACCCUUCCGUCCCUAAGCCACUUCCCGAUGGGAUAUGCCGCUGCUGUGACUGACGGCGAUGAAAUGAUACGCAUUGACGUUACUAUCCGCGGUCGCUGAUUAUUCAUCGGCGAGCGAAGCGCAAGGGGAACAACCCUCACUUGCUUCCCCAUUACAUUCCGCAACCUGACCAACAACAGAUCUUGCUUCCGUUCAGAAACAUCCUUCGACAAACCCUCAAAGCACAGUUAUGGCCCGCACCAAGCAAACCGCUCGUAAGUCCACUGGUGGCAAGGCCCCGCGCAAGCAGUUGGCCACCAAGGCUGCUCGCAAGUCUGCCCCUUCUACCGGUGGUGUGAAGAAACCUCACCGCUAUCGUCCCGGUACCGUUGCCCUCCGUGAAAUCCGUCGUUAUCAAAAGUCCACCGAGCUUUUGAUUCGCAAGCUCCCUUUCCAGCGUCUCGUCCGCGAGAUUGCUCAGGAUUUCAAAACCGACUUGCGCUUCCAGUCGUCCGCCAUUGGCGCCUUGCAGGAAGCGUCCGAGGCUUACCUUGUUGGUUUGUUUGAGGACACUAACUUGGCCGCUAUCCACGCCAAGCGUGUCACCAUCCAGCCUAAGGAUAUCCAGCUUGCCCGUCGUCUUCGUGGUGAACGCUCUUAAGCAAUUUCAAUUGGAAGGCUUGUUUUUCUCAAAGCACCGCAUUGAUAUCAAGAUCAGUAAAGUCGAGGAGCUAGUUCCCUUUUUCAUGUGCAUAACCUUCCGUUAAACAUAGGUUCUCAAUAAAACAAAGUGUUUUCUUCAAUACUAUACUGCUUGGCUUACUUAAAAUCAUUCGUGGCUUCAACUUCG